AUCCCUCAUCUUCCUUUGCUAUUGCAGUUCCUAAAGUGACUGAGGAAGAGGCCAGGCUGAGCUGAAAGAGAAAACGACACCCCCUAAACGAGCCACAAGCAGAAGGAGCGAGGGGCUGGCAUAUCCCCGUACAAUGGUCUUGUACCCCGAUCUGACGAGGCCUCCCGGCGUGUCCCUUCUUGGUGCCGUGCUCUGCACGAUGGCCUUCAUCUCGUUCAGCAGCCCCAGCAGAGCUCAGGCCCUCCGCAACCCCCCACUGAUGGUCCUGAUUUGGGACUGGCCCUUUGGACGAGUCUUGAACUUGAGCAGUGACAUCUGCGCUGUGCACUACGGCAUAGAGGGCUGCUGGUUGACCCACAACCGCAGCUUGUACGGCCAAGCGGACGUCGUGGCAUUCCACCACCGAGAACUCCAGAGGAGUAGGCCACAUCUCCCAAAACCGAGGCCUCACCCGGGGCAAAAGUGGCUCUGGAUCUCCUUGGAGUCCCCGAAACAUACCCAAGCCCUGGCUGGCUGGAAUGGGACGGAAUGGAACUGGGUCAUGUCAUACAGGCAGGACGCGGACAUCUUUGUCCCAUACGGGAAGCUCGUGCCUCGGACCUCAGAUACGGUGGAGAUCCCAGAGAAAACCGGCUUAGUGUCCUGGGUGACCAGCAAUUACCACCACACCCAAGAAAGAGCCCGGAUGCACCGCAGCCUCUCCAAGCACAUCAAGAUCGAUGUCUUCGGAAAAGCAAGUAGAAAGCGGCUCUGCCCGGACUGCCUGUUGCCGACCAUCUCCAAAUACAAGUUCUACCUUGCCUUCGAGAACUCCAUCCACCUGGACUACAUCUCGGAGAAGCUCUGGAGGAACGCCCUCCUCGCCGGGGCUGUCCCUGUGGUCUUGGGACCGCCCAGAGCCAACUACCAGCGGUUCCUCCCCGCCGAGGCCUUCAUCCACGUGGAUGAUUUCAGCUCUGCAAAAGAACUCGCCCACUUCCUUACCGCCAUGAACGAAACCAGCUACCGGCGCUACUACGAAUGGAAGCGGAGCUAUGCGGUGAAGCUUUAUGACAACUGGCAGGAACGGUUCUGUCUCAUCUGCCAGCACUAUCCCAGCUUGCCCAAGGAGAAAGUCUACCCGAGUUUGGAGCGAUGGUUCUGGAAUUAGCUGUCACAGUGGCCUGGGGUUCUAACCGGGGAGCCGUUGAGGCCGGGAGAGGAAACAGGCCAGUGCCCCACGGCUCCGCCUCUCUUUUGCAAGCAGCACGUUGGUCCCUUCUGACCUGGCCUGGCUACAAAUGCCUCUAGGUCAUGGCUGGAUCUUCCUUGGGCAGACAGCCGGGUUGCUUGUAAUGCUUUCUAGCUUUGCUCUGCAACACCCCGCAC